CCCUCCUGAACAUGGUAGUUUUCAUGGAGAUGGCUAGUAUUUCAAAACCUACCAAAUGGUUCUCAGUUUUCAUGGAGAUGGCUAGUAUUUCAAAGCCUACCAAAUGGUUCUCCAACAAGGGUUUAAGGUUAAGCCAUCCUCGUCUUCGUUCAAAAUCCAAAUCAUCAAGCUCCUUGCCGCCAUCACCAACUGUCCCUGCACCAACACAACUUAAUAGCACUAAAGAAAAAGAGCUUCAAGAAGUCUUUCGAAGGUUUGAUAGUAAUGGGGAUGGUAAGAUUUCAAGUGAAGAACUCAGUGCUUAUUUCGCGUCCGUUGGCGACAACAUAUCAAGAGAGGAAGCUCAAAGGGUUAUCAAAGAUUUUGACAACAAUGGGGACAAAAUGUUGGAAUUCAAGGACUUUGUCAAGUUGAUGGAAGGAGAUAACGAGGGUGAUGAUGAUGUUAAAAGAGCGUUCGAGAUGUACGAAGUUGACAAAGGUUGUGGGUGCAUCACGCCAGUGGGAUUACAGCAGAUGCUUAAUCGUCUAGGUGAUGUGAAAUCGUUUGAAGAGUCCGUUGCCAUGAUUCAGGUGUUUGAUCUCGAUGGCAAUGGAGUGCUUGACUUCCAUGAAUUUCAACAAAUGAUGAGAGGUGAGCCAUAGAAAAUAGCAGCCUAAGCAAAGUCUAAUUUCCCAGGGAGCCAGGGGCUCCGUAAUUAAAUGUAUAUAUGUAC